AUGGACUCCAUUUCACCAAUGUCGCGCAUUUAUGCACGAGCGGGAAUUGAGCCAGGCUCAAGACAAGCGUCAGUAUUCGGUGUUGGAAUCAGCUUUAUUGCCUUUAUAAGUAUUGUGAUGGGCUUGCGGAUAUAUGUCCGUGUGAAGUUGAUCCGGGCCGUCGGAGUUGACGAUACUGCUCACUACGGAACGGGGAAGCAUAUCGGGGAUAUUCGACCAGAAGACUUUGUCCCAAUGAUAAAGUCAAUCUACUCGACACGUCUGCUGUACGUAGUAGCAUUGUUUUUCGUGAAGAUCUCGCUAUUGUGGUUUUAUCUACGUCUCGACAAACGGGGCUGCAUGAGAUGGGCAGUUUACGGCCUCGUAUUUGUUGUCACUGGGCUGUCAAUCUCUAGCUUCUUCGUGUUGGCCUUUUCCUGCUCUCCGCCAUCUAAAUUCUGGGACUUGCAAGGAACAGCACCUGGACAGUGCAUGGCUCCCGACAAGCAACAAACCUUCUAUGAGGUUAACGGAGUCCUCAACAUCGUGACGGACAUUUGCAUCUAUCUUACUCCGAUUCCCUUGCUAUGGCAUGUGCAAAUCAACUUGCGCAAGAAGAUGGGACUUGUGGUUAUCUUUGGACUAGGAGUCCUUUCUAUUGCCGCUGGUUGCGUCCGGUAUGACUACGUGCGAAUGUUAGCAACAACCUCGGACCAAUUUUAUGCUUUGGCAGAUGCACUGAACUGGUGCAGUAUUGAAGCGUAUGUGGCUAUCUUUUGUGGAUCUGCACCGGCGCUUUCCGUCAUACUGAAGGCAUGCAUCCCUCGAAUCUUUGGCAGUUCCAACGGAGACAAAGGAUAUCAAACCUCCAGCGCAGAGCGAGGUUUGAGGAAGAUCAUGACCCGGCCAAGAAAUCCCUGGCCGACUCGAGGUGGACCCGACCCAAUGGUUUCAGUUGGCAGCUUAGAUCAUGCUGUUCCCGAUGGCACUAUUGUCUUGCGCACUGAGGUGCACAUGGAGGUAGAGUCUGGAAAGUUGAAGGAUGGUCACACCACGGACAUGAAAGGGUCACCUUGA